AUGUCUUCGAUAACGAAAAAGCAAUUCUACGGCACCAACUCUCCAUGGGAACUGAGCAUUGGUCAUUAUCGAGCAGUUCGCCACGGCCAAUUAAUUUACGUCUCUGGGUCUACCGCAGCCGACCCUAAGUCAGCCCCCGACGCACCACAAGUUCUUUUCCCAGGCGAUGCCAGACGGCAGGCACGUUAUACACUCGAACAGAUCAUAGACGCUGUUCGAGCCUUAGGCGGUCGAGGUGCUGAGAGCAUUGUGCGAACCAAAAUGUACGUCCAGCGACAGGAAGAUUGUUCUCCCGUAGCGGAGGUUUUCAGGGAUAUUCUUGGAAGACAGAAUGGUGGCGAAAUCGGUACGGCUGCGACUAUGGUGAUAGUGGGCGGUUUCUGCGAUCCACAUAUGCUCGUGGAGAUUGAAUGUGAUGCAGUCGCGGAUGCUGAAUGA